GCCUUUUUGGAUCUAGUCGGCUCGUGAUAUAUACAAAGAGAGAAGAUCCAGGAGCAUCUACAGACUUCUUGGAUAUUGGAAAUCCCUCACCAGCUGACAAAUUUACCUAUCUCGACAAUGCCGUCAUGUACACCCGCAGACGAGAAACGGCAGCGCAAGAAGCUCCAGAACCGAGUAAACCAGCGAGCGCGUCGUCUGCGCCUCAAAAGCAACCACCAGCAACACAAGGACCAACCCACCCGUCCAUAUAGCGUCCACCGCUGGCGAGUCUCAGAACACGAGGCAUCAUCACCAUCAACCUCACUAACCGAAUACCACUCACACACCCUCCCCCAAACACAAUCACAAACACCCAUUGAACCCUCCAUACCCACCUCCUCAUUCACCACAAGUAUCCCCCCGGACCACCUCCUCCACCUAAUAACCCACAACGUCUUCCGCGCCCUCUACACCAACAAAACCCUCCUCUACAACCACUCCACAGCCCUCCUGCCCGGCCCAACCCCCAACUCAUCCAUCCACCUCAUCCACGAAGGCCUCAUCUUCCCCAUUUACGCCACCACCAUCCCCAACACCUGUCCCUCUCCUAUCCCCGCAUCCCUCUUCCCCACACCCUCCCAACGAACCCUCACCCACUACUCGUGGAUAGAUCUCGUGCCGUGGCCGCGGAUGCGCGAGAAUCUGAUUCGGUGGGAGAUGUGCUUUGAUCAUGGGGAGUUCGUGAAGGAUUUGGUGGGGGGGUAUGUUAUGGAGGGGUGGGAGUUGUUUGAUGGUUUGAAGGGGCAGGAUGUAAAUGGGAGGAUUGGAGGAAGGGUGGUGGUUGAGGUUGAUGAUGAUGAUGGUGAGGUUACGGGAAAUGCGAGGAAUGGGUGGAUUGUUUGGGGUGAGCCGCAUUGGUAUAUCAUUGAGUGUAUAUCAAUGGCAUAUUAUGUGUUCAUAUCUACUGAGAAAGUCAACACCUCAUACCUCCUAGGAGUGCAGACCAACGUAGAACAAACACUGUAUCUGAUGAUUAUUGGUUUACGCCUGACACUGGAAUUGAAGUAUCUAUCUAGAAAGCUUUCGAUGAUCAACUAUACUGGGCUGAUUGAGCAUCUGUGGCAUAAUACUACUGGGGAGUACAUCACAAUGGGCUCUCUUGCUAGUAGUGCAGCUCACAACUGGGCUCAGUCAGUGGUCAUUGCGAAACAGACUGGUGUUAUGAAAGAGUCAAUUGACUUGGCAUAA